AUGUCUGCCGCAGCCCCAGAAAAGCACGUGAGCCCGCGCGGCUGUCUUAAGUCGCGACGCUCCAAACUCCUCGCGAGUCUGGUCGUUUUUAUUGUGAUUCUUGCUGCUGUCAUUCCCCCAGUCGUCGUCACCUCCCUCCGCAAGAAACACAACAACAGCAUGGGUCCUAAGUCCAAAGUGUUCGUGCCACUUUACGUGUACCCUGCCCCGGGAGCAUGGUCUCCGCUAGAAGAUGUGUAUGUUUCACCCUUUCCAUUCAGCCCAGAACGCACCCCUCCCGACCCCCCUUCCCGAUUCUCCAAGCCCAAUUUGAUCCCAAGCACCCGGAUCUCUACACACCCCGACGUCAAUUUUACCGUCGUAAUCAACCCAGGAAACGGUCCAGGACCCAACUCCCUGCCGGAUGCGAAUUAUACCCGCGAAAUCCCCAAGCUGUCUGCGUACUCCAACGUCCGACUGCUGGGGUAUGUCCACACGACAUAUGCGCAGCGCAACAUCUCGCUAGUGCGCAAAGAUAUCGAGACCUACGCGGCGUGGCCGAAGCAAUCUUCGAAUCAGAGCUUGGCCGUUCGGGGCAUAUUCUUUGACGAAACGCCGCAGGCAUACAGUUCCCACUCCCUGACUUACCUGCAGAAUCUGACGGAUCUCGUCAAGGGGUUGGAUGGACUUGGUUCGGAACCUUUUGUCGUCCACAACCCAGGAGCCAUCCCUGACUCCCGGUACCUUGAUACGGCAGACUCAACUGUGGUAUUCGAAGAGACCUACAGCACCUUCCAGGAGCGGAAUGGAGCUAAGCUGUUCACGGCGAUCCCAGACAGCAACCGUACCCAGCUGUGUGCGGUGAUCCACUCUGUUCCCGACAGCGUGGAGGGGUCGGACUUGCGCGGGUUUGUCAAAGAGGUCCGCAAGGUGGCGGAUGAGGUUUUCAUCACGCACCUUAGUACCGAUUACUAUGCUAGCUUUGGGACAAAGUGGGCCGAGUUCGUCGAUCUGAUGGCAGCAUGA